GUAGGAUUCCAAAUGGUAAAAUGGCUGAGAAGCAGAAACACGAAGGCAGGGUUAAAAUAGGACAUUACAUCCUUGGAGACACACUUGGAGUCGGCACCUUUGGAAAAGUUAAGAUUGGAGAGCACCAGCUUACAGGACAUAAGGUCGCAGUAAAGAUCCUAAACCGGCAGAAAAUCCGCAGCCUUGAUGUGGUGGGUAAAAUCAAGCGGGAAAUCCAGAACCUCAAGCUGUUUCGCCAUCCUCACAUCAUUAAACUGUACCAGGUGAUCAGCACACCUACGGAUUUCUUUAUGGUGAUGGAGUAUGUUUCAGGAGGAGAACUCUUUGAUUAUAUCUGUAAGCAUGGAAGGGUGGAGGAUACGGAGGCCAGACGACUCUUCCAGCAGAUCAUCUCUGCAGUCGAUUACUGCCACAGACACAUGGUCGUCCACCGCGACCUGAAACCAGAGAACGUCCUGCUUGAUGGCAGCAUGAACGCCAAGAUCGCUGACUUUGGGCUGUCCAACAUGAUGUCUGAUGGAGAGUUCCUGAGGACAAGCUGCGGAUCUCCCAACUACGCUGCUCCUGAGGUCAUCUCUGGGAGACUCUACGCAGGUCCUGAGGUGGACAUUUGGAGCUGUGGGGUCAUCCUGUACGCCCUGCUGUGUGGGACCUUGCCUUUCGACGAUGAGCACGUUCCCACGCUGUUCAAGAAGAUCCGCGGGGGUGUGUUCUACAUCCCGGAGUAUCUGAACCGCUCGGUGGCUAGCCUGCUGAUGUUGAUGCUGCAGGUGGACCCCCUGAAGAGAGCCACUAUCAAAGACAUCAGAGAGCACGAGUGGUUCAAGCAGGACCUCCCUGGCUACCUGUUUCCCGAAGACCCCUCGUACGACGCCAACGUGAUCGACGAGGAGGCCGUGCGGGAGGUGUGCGAGAAGUUCGAGAGCACCGAGUCGGAGGUGAUGAGCAGCCUGUACAGCGGGGACCCUCAGGACCAGCUGGCCGUGGCGUACCACCUCAUCAUCGACAACCGCCGCAUCAUGAACCAGGCCAGUGAGUUCUACCUGGCCUCCAGCCCGCCCACGGGCUCCUUCAUGGAGGAGGGCAUGCUGCUGCCCCCGGGGGUCAAGCCCCACCCCGAACGCAUGCCCCCACUGCUGGCAGACAGCCCCAAGUCCCGCUGCCCCCUCGACGCCCUCAACACCACCAAGCCCAAACCGCUGGCAGUCAAGAAGGCCAAGUGGCACCUGGGCAUCCGCAGCCAGAGCAAGCCUUACGACAUCAUGGCCGAAGUGUACCGCGCCAUGAAGCAGCUGGAGUAUGACUGGAAGGUGGUGAACCCCUACCACCUGCGGGUGAGAAGGAAGAAUCCGGUCACAGGGAACCUUGUGAAGAUGAGCCUGCAGCUCUAUCAGGUGGACAACCGCAGUUACCUCCUGGACUUCAAGAGCAUCGAUGACGACAUGGCGGAGCUGAGGUCAGGCUCCUCCACGCCUCAGCGCUCGGGUUCGGCCGGCGGGCUGCACCGGCCGCGGCUCAGCAUCGACCUGGCCUCGGCCGCCGUGGAGACGCCCCAGCUCAGCAGCUCCCUGCCGGGGUCCCUGACAGGAAGCGCCCCCCUGCUGGCUCCGCGGCAGGGAAGCCACACCAUGGACUUCUUCGAGAUGUGCGCCAGCCUCAUCACCACGCUGGCGCGCUGAGACUGCAGGGGAGGGCACUCCGUAAGUCCCGUCCGCUAAACCACCCCACCUCUGACCCUUAGCCAUAACCCCGUUAUCACUCUUAAAACGCCAUCACUACAGCACAGUUAAAUCCCCUCGCAAGUUUCAGAAUUUGUUGAUUCUUUUAUUUUUUGUUUUAUAUAUAUUUUUAAAGAAAGUAAUUGCAUACAAUAUAUAAUACAUAGUACACAUGUAUACAUGUAUGAUAUAUUUAUAUUAUCAUUUGAUUUUGACAGCAAGUUGCUGCUUAAUUGAAAGGGCAUACCAAAAAUGAAAUGUAUACAUAAAAACGAAGAUUCUAAUGAUAGAGAUGUCAGAUUUUUAUUUAUUUUUUAAUGAUUUUUUUUAUAUGUUCUAGUUAAAUUAAGUACUGUCCUGAGAUUUCAGGUUCUUACCCUGUAACUGACCGUGACCUGAAUAUAAAGCUGUUACAUGUGCAGUAGUUGGAAAGAGCAGGCUAGCAAUGACGCAAUAUGGGCAGGCUAAAUUCAGCAGAUACUCAAGCAUCAUUUCUGGUCUUAUAAUACGUCACACUCAAGUUUGAACAAUUCUGGGACGCAGUUUUGUGGCUUUUGCCACUACGACCUCACUGGUGAUAUCCUGGACCUUGGUUAAUGUGUUUUUCACAUUGUCAUCAUUUGACUAAGUGAACCCAAGGUCAGUGCUUUGGAUGUGCUUUUGAGUUUUCCUGUCCUUGGGUUAUUGAGACUACAAAGACCAGUAUUAUUUAUCCAAAGUUAAAGCUGUCGUCUAAAGAAUACUUGUAGAAUUAACUUAAGUUUUGCUACCCAAGCAUGAGGAAAAUAAUUGGAAACCACAAUGACUCAGUGAUCAAAUGCCCACAUUCGUACUUGAUCAGUGAUCAAAUGGGUAGUGCUACACUGUAAUAUUAAAGUAUCUCUAAACUAAAUUGACCACAAAGGACAAUUAAUUAACAUUACAUAAAAGAGUUUGGGUUUGUUUUUGGGAUAAUAUAUCAAACUAAGAGUUUCUCUUGUGAAUGUAGUUGGUGGUAUUAAUUGGUGGUUUUGUGAUUGGGGAAGAGGAAUCAAAAGGCAAAUGGCAGGAGAUUUCAGUCAAAUUGAGGACAGCUAAUGAAUGACAGUAGUGCUCUAGCUUCUCUUUAAGUUCCAGAACCCAGCCGUGGUUCAUCUGUGGAGCAGGGAGGCUUCAAUACUCCCUCUUCUCCAUUUACUGACUUAAUCGACCCUGCAGUUACCUUCAGUAAUUGGAAGCCGUAGCCAAUGGAACAUAACGGAAAUGCAGAGUGAGUGAAUGCCUCUGCUGGACUGUGAAGGCCAUGGAUUUAGCUCCGUGUCCUUGGCUGGAUGAGGAAAGCGGAGUAAUUAGUCUGUGUCCUUCUGGAAAACAGGUAGUGCAGAGAAUCUCUGAGAGAGGGUAGCAGUCUGCCGGGAUAUUCGGUCGAUUGUCGGAAGACUAUGCUCUUUAACAUACAAACCCCCUUUUUGAGAUGGCCUGCAGUAAGAAGGAAUGAGUUCAAAUUUACGCGACACUGGGUUCUUUCCAUUUGCUCUUUUUUUUUUACCUCUUCCUUCCUUUCCUUGCCCCUUUUCUUGCUCCUAGCUUCACCCAUCAGGAGAGGCAAAAAAGGAGGCUGGAAAGGGAGGUGAUUACAGGGAAUCAAAAUAAUGUAAAUUAGGCAAAUGGAAUGUCCUCCUUCAAAUGUCAGUUCAAAGCCAUGUCCGUUACAGGUGUGGCAUAUGCAUGGCAGAUGGGGAGAGGUGGAUCCACAGGUUGAUCGUUUAUAUGUCACGCAUUCUGAAAAAAUACUGCCGCUCAUGUUUUCUUGCUCCUAACUUUGGCCUCUAGCUCAUUGAAGGAACAUUUAAUGGGUUGGCAUUUCCUUGUAGAUGGCGGACCCGAUUUCCGGGUCAGACAAAGAACAAGGAGAUAGGAGUUGAAAAAUAGGUGCAUGGAAAGAGACACUGUUUUCCUGCCAUACCCAGUGAUAGUCAGCUUUAAAACUGAUUUGAUCCGAUUACUCAGCAAGAAACACCUGGUUGAUUGCUCCCAGAAGUUGUGUGUGGUGAUUUGAGGUGAUUGGUGUCUGCUGGAGUUCUGCCUGAGAUCAAAGCCAAGGAAAACAAUUUAGAGCCACUGAAAACUUCCUCCAGUUGCCUUAAAUACACUGUACCGUUUUCUUUUUUUCCAUUAUGUCUGUAUUGCAUAUUUUUGUUGAUAGAAAUAUUUAUUAGUGCUGUACACUUUAUUUAACCUCACUUGUCAGAAGUUACUGUGAAUCAGUGAAAAUCAUAAGCUGGGUAGGUAGUGACACUUUGGGAAGGCUUAUCUGUGUUAAGAAAGAUUUGUGCCAACAAGACUGAAAAGCAGGGGAGACUUUGCCGAGUGGCCUCUCAAUCUCCAUAGAAACUGCAGAGUCACUCUUGCCAAUCAAGGUUUCAAGGUUGAAAUGGAUCACCAAUGAAAUUUUAGUGUUAAGGGAGAGGGUGGGUUUCAACAACUGCAGUCACUUUAGCAAUAGUGAUGAUCAAAUCAGCCUAGUUUUGAGAUGGAAAAGCCAGCAAAUUCAGCAAAAUGUUCAUCUCCCCCACCCGCUGUUUCUGAUAGAUGUGUAUGUACUCAAACAUGCACCAGCAGUAAAUGGAUACCUUAUCCUCUUCAUCAGCAUUUCCUUUUUAGGUCUUCCUGAAAUUCUCUGCCUACCUUUCAUAUAUUGUACGGAGUGAGGAGUCAUUCUUCUGAAUGCAAUGGGUUGUGUUACUGUGUUUUGUACCAUGUUGAUUUGUAAUGGCACAAUAAGCUAAAGUGUUGCUGUAUCAUUUAUACAUGAAUGUAAAACCACGAGGACUUGAACAUAUGUUCGAAAACAUUUCAUUAAGAAUACACAAUGUGUGUGUUAAGUUCACUGAGAGUUCUCAUUGUUUUAAUGUUGGCAGCAAGUGAUUAAUAUUACUGCAAUCAUUUACAAAAUUGUCACAUACCAGUUCCAGAUACUUGACUUCUAUUGUCCUACCAGUCAAAAUACGGAAUGGAUUGCCAAGCUGCGUAGAGAUAUCCCCUCAUGUCAAACCCUUUAUAGAAUAUGCUCAGCCCACCCCAUAUAGUUGCAUAAAUGUACCUUUGGGGAGUGGAAGUUCUCAUCUCUAGAGACACUGGCAAUGCAAUACUGUCAGGUUGAGAGGAACAUCUGAUUUCUCUACUUCAAUUGCUGGACUCUGCCCUCUGCUGCUGUAAACAUGCAAAUACACUCAACUUUUAUGAAGCGUCUCAUUUGAAAUGAAACAGUUGUAUGAAAAAACUGGGAGGGAAAUAGAUUCAUUGGACUGUGAAGAGAUAAUUAUUGGAUUGUGUCUGAAAAGGCACUGCGGUUUUCUCUGUAUUCAAAAAAUGCAAAACAAUCUGCACACUCAUAUAAUCCCUGCAGACAAGGCCAAUGGCAUUUUCAUGCUUUCAAAAAUAAUUAUGCAUCAAGUAGGCUUGCAGUUCUUUAUGGCCGCAAAAACGCAGGCCAUCACCACAGCAAGAGGCAUGCAGCUGUGUGAGAGGAAUGCAACGCACGCUAUCAGAACCGUACUGCAGGACUCCUGUGCGUCUACACCCACACGUUUCCAUUAUGUGUAAUGUCUGUCAGCAGAAGUGUUUGUGAUUGGAUGUAUUUUUCUGUCAUUUAAUGGCUCACGCUGCUUUCUAUGGAAACGGGGGGCUGCUGUGUGUUGGAGUGUGAUAAAUCAACACGCGGUCUUUGGACUGCGAGUUGUACAUUUAGUACUUUUUUUGGUUUUGGAUUUCAUUGUACUGCACUGCAUGGUGUUGCUGUUCUGAUUUGCACUUUAAUAAAUAUUUAUUGUAAAAAAUUAAAAAAAAAGAAUCGGGAUACA